GGAGAAGGGGAGGGAUGGAUGACUCACAAUGUUAUGAUGCGGUUCCACAACACACAGCCACAUUCGGCUACAGACGGAGCACAAAAGCUUGGCUGCCCUGAAGCUGAGCUCCCCUUGACGCGACCCCUCGCAGAGCGCGGGCAGGAGCAGGCAGAGGCGGAGGCAGCCCCCUGGGAGAGGGUUUCAAGGUGACUCCCCUUUCGGUCUGGUUCUCAUCUGGGGGGGCCCUGGCAGUGCAGCCCCCCCAAACUUCACUUUUCUGAAACACGGCUCUAGCCAACCUGCUUCGCUGCUUCACUUGCGACCGCCUGUGUGGGGGCUGCACAGCACCGGCUCCCCCACCCCGACAGGGCAUUGCUCUCCAGCCUGUCAUGCCCAGCUGUGAGCCGGUACCACCUGCUGCCUGUCUCCCCACCAAGACCUUCCGCAGUUACCUGCCCCGGUGCCACCGGACAUACAGCUGUGUCCACUGUCGGGCACACCUGGCCAAGCAUGAUGAGCUCAUCUCCAAGUCCUUCCAGGGAAGUCAUGGUCGCGCCUAUCUUUUCAAUUCUGUGGUUAAUGUGGGCUGUGGUCCAGCCGAGCAACGCCUCUUGCUCACUGGUCUCCAUUCAGUCGCCGACAUUUUCUGUGAAAGCUGCAAGACCACAUUGGGCUGGAAAUAUGAACAAGCGUUCGAGACCAGCCAGAAGUACAAAGAAGGGAAGUACAUUAUUGAGAUGUCACAUAUGGUGAAGGACAACGGCUGGGACUGAGGGGGGAUGGGGACUCUGGGUGCACACCCUUCUGCGUAGCAUGCCUUGCCCAUUCCUAACCCCACUGCCACAGCUGGCAUCCCGGCACAACCAACCCAGCCCUCUCACCCCCGUCUCCUGCACAGCAUCACCCGUGGAAGUGGAGAUACCAGGACCCUUCUCCCAAACCUCUUGGACUUUCUGAAAUGCUGGAUUCACAGCUUGGAGGAUCCCACCCUGCCCGUACAGCAGAAGGGGAAGCUCACAGGGUUCAAGGGCCAGUUUGUGCGCACACACGGAUUUUGGAUUAGAUUCUACUUGACCUGUAUGGGUGGGGACGAUGCCACUCCCAUUGCUAGCGUCUGCUGGGUGGCAUCCAGAACUAUGAGCCUGGAAGUGGGUUUGGACUUUGCAGUCCCUUGUAUAAGAAAGCCACAUGACUUUCUGGAAUGGGACAGAAAGGGCUGUGGGCACAGGGCAAGCUCUUGGGGAGGGGCCGUAGCUCAGAGGCAGAGCACAUGCUUUGCAUGCAGAAGGUCCCAGGUUCAGCCCCUGGCAGCUCCAGUUUACGAAGGAACCUCAUGUAGCCGGGCAGCUACAGACCUCUACCCAAGGCCCUGUCAUAAUUGCUGCCAGUCAAAGCUGACAAUGUUGAUCUGGAUGAAGCGGUGGUCUGGUUCAGUAUAAGGCAGCUUCUUAUGCUCCUCUCCUUUCUGGGGAGAAAUAAAAAUUGUGUGUCAGUCUACCGGUUGGACAGAGAAGGCCGGAGGGAGAGUAAACCCCUCCCAAUAUGAGACAAAAGGUAUCCUGGAGGUAGGGGACAGAGGAGCCGUCCCUCUCCACAUGGGGCCAUGGUAGUUCACAUCCCCCUUCACCCUAACCCUUUCCCAGACACUGCCGUGGUAUUUCCCCCAUGUUUAUUCUAUGGAGUCUGUUUCUUUUGUUUUGGGUCUCCAUGUGCUUGUGAUCCCUGGGCACUAUGACUCCCCCACCACUCCCCCACACCCUACAUGAAGAAAAGGUGGGGAGGUCAGGUGGGGGCAAAGCCUCAGUACUGUCACCAGCGCAGGAAUUUUUUUGUAUAAUAAAGGUGUUUUAUAUUUAAAAAAA